GACCAUCAGUUUUGAAGGCUCGCAAUCACCCACCACCAAUUCCUCUGAUCCGACAUUCUUUCAUUCGCGUAUACUGAUACUACUCCAUCUUCUCAGUGCUAUCAUAUUAUAGAAAAAAAUGUCGUCUUUUGCGCUGGAGAAGGAAUCGCCUUUGGGCUUCCUCUUCGAUAAUGCUGCCGCCGGGGCCUUGUCAAAUGCAUACAAUACUUUCCAAGAGAAGAGGGAAGCGCUGGGUCUCUCAAACCCUGGAACAGUUGAGAACAUUGCUAGAGAAGUUCAACGCGAUGUAUUUCUCAACAACUACACAUUCUCUGGUCUGAGAGCGGAUCUCACCAAGCCUUUCAGCAUGGCACCUUUAUUCCAAGUCUCCCACGCAUUCUCUAUGGGAUCUCAAGGCUUACCCCCAUACACAUUUGGAGCGUUGUUUGGCACAAGCAAGAUCUUUAUGCAAGGAAACAUGGACAAUGAAGGGCAACUUACCACUAGAUUCAAUUACAGAUGGACCUCAGCUUUCGUUACCAAGACACAACUUCAAGUCGCCCCCGGUCAAGCUAUGAUGCAAUUAGACAACGAGUAUACCGGACAAGAUUUCACAGCUUCAAUCAAAUCUCUCAACCCUUCGAUACUUGACGGAGGAUUUACCGGUAUUUUCAUUGGUCAAUAUUUACAAGCUGUGACUCCAAACCUUGCUUUGGGAUUGGAGGCUGUCUGGCAACGGGCAGCAAUGAACCAAGGACCCGAAACUGCGGUAUCAUAUUGUGCCAAAUACAAGGGUAGUGAUUGGAUUGCUAGUGCUCAAUUACAAGCGCAAGGAGCUGUCAACACAUCGUUCUGGAGAAGAUUGACAGAUAAGGUCGAAGCUGGUGUGGAUCUUAACUUGCAAUUCGCAGGGCUGUCUGGAGCUGGAAUGAUGGGAGGCCCAAUUAGAAAGGAGGGUGUCACAACUGUUGGUGCCAAGUAUGACUUCAGAAUGUCUACUUUCAGAGCCCAAGUUGAUUCAACCGGAAAGUUGAGCUGCUUAUUAGAGAAAAGAGUUGCGCCACCUGUGCAACUUACUUUUGCAGCUGAGAUGGAUCAUUUCAAGCAAGCAGCAAAGAUUGGAGUAGCAGUUUCCAUCGAAUCUGGUGACGAAGCUGUCGAAGAACAAGCAAUGGCAGUCGGAGGUGCCCCACCUCAAAUCCCAUUUUAAACAUAUGGGGUUCGAUACAAUGCUUCCCAAAGCACAUCCUCCACUCCCAAAAUUAAUCGAAUUUUAAUGCCAUAACAUAAAAACCUUUACGAACAAGAUCAUGUACACCGACUCGCCACCUACCUUAUCUACCUAACGGACUCAUUUUUGCUAUGCCAGACCUAUAUGAAAAGCUUCUUCAUUUUAUUCCGAGAUGUUUUAUCACAACCACAAACCUCGUUUCGUUCUACCGCUGGAAGAAGAGGUACAUUUUCUGCAUGCAUACCCGAAACAAAAGAUGAUCCACCCUUUUCCUUUUCUUCUAUCAUAUCAUAGACUUUCUUUAUACCUCAUGCUCUCAGGGACCUGCGUUGUUGGAGCAGCAUAUCUGGAAUUUGGUUCGGAAUGGAAAGCAUUGCGAGUGCUUUUGUUUAAGAUAGCGGAUAGGCUGAUGCGAAACUGGGCAUGGAUGAUGCAUGAGAUAUCAUGAGGGAGGUGUUAUAUGAGGAUGAGUACUUCUGUAUUAUAGUGAUUCGAUUUUGCAGCGACGACGAUGGGAGGGAGGCAUGAUAGUAUUUGUCACUGUAGAUAUCUAGCUGUGUAUAAAAGACAGGAUAUGAUUGAAUAUCCAUGGAAACGACGUUCUUACA